CAAGGUCGACAAUGCUUGACAGCAAGCUUCUCCAAUCCUUUCUCAGCUACAAAGAAUUCAGCCUUUCACUGGUGGUUUGGCCGAGAAGUGUCGAAUAUUGCAAAGGCUAUCCAUUCUAAGUUCGGCAUUAUGAACCCGGAGGCAGACGAGGUGCAAUCCGUUGCUGGGAGCUUACCGGAUAUGCGACCAGCAGCUGCCCCUACUAAACAGUCAUACAAGUCAUUCAAGAAGAAGUUUGCGAAAAUGAAGAUCAAGUUUGAACUUGAAAUGGGAGAGAAUAGCACCCUGAUUCGCGAAGAAUCUCGGAUCCAGGAGAUCUCCAAAAGGAUCCAGGAGCAAAACGAUCAGCUAUUGGAAGUACUUCUCGAGUUCAAUGAAAGCCUCCAGAUAGCGCCCAGCUUGCGAUACGAUCUCAGUGCUUCUGCGGACUCAAACCACCUGCCGUCUCCCAAAGAACAGUUUCCACUGUCAAACGACAUGCGCUUGGAUACCCUACGACUUUCGAAGGAGUUUGCGCCGGCAAUGCAGUACCACACCCUGUCAAAGAUCCCUCACACGAGUCUACAGACAGAGGCCAAUCGCACCGACGACGAGCUGGAGCACAAUCUCGGCUACCUCACUCCUGAACAUGAGACCGAAUAUUGUCUGAAUAUCGACGCAGGGCUAGGGGAUGAGUUGGCGGUUCGGCAACUUGCCCGGGUCUCUGAUAAGCCCACUCCUGCUGAGCGGGAACGAGAGAUUGCUUUGCGAAACCCUGUUUCGGUGCACAACUGGCUGCGAAGGAACCAAAGUCAUCUGUCUUUUAACGAGAAUGAAGUCGCAUCAGAGAAGUCCGGCCCUCGCCCUUCGAACCUCCGCUCCUCGAAGCGCGCUUCGACGCAAGCUCGCAAAGAGGAGGACGUCUAUGACGAAGACGGCAUUCUUCUCGAAGUCGGGCCUACACCCAAAGGUAAACGCAAGCGUGAUGAUGAUACGGGGUAUAGACCAAAGGGAGGUAGCAGUCGGAGCCGAAAGAAGAAGGACGACGCAGGCUCUACUGCCAAACAGGAUAUGGCGAUUACUAUUCUUCCUCCCGUUGUGGAGGAUGUCGAUGCGUCUCGUGGCUAUUCUGACGCCGAUUCCAUGUCGAUUGAUUCUGACGGCGGCGUCGAGCUUACAUCACAACCGAACAAGAAGCCUCGUCUGUUUGGCGACGGAAAAAUUGGAGCGGGAAUCGUCACUCCAGGAGAAUUGGUGACUGAUGAUCCGCAAUGGAUGAGAGGCCAUGGAACUUUCACGAACCCACUCUCGACGUCUAUCAUUGCUACGGUUGCUGGUACUGUCCACAAGACCAACAAGCUGCUUUCAGUGCAUCCCAUCCGAGCCCGCUACACCCCCGAGAUCGGCGAUCUUGUAGUCGGCCGCAUCGUCGAGGUCCAGUCCCGACGGUGGAAAGUGGAUGUGGCGGCUCCGCUGCUGGCCCAACUUCCCUUGUCAGCGAUCAACCUGCCUGGAGGAAUCCUGCGGCGCAGAACCAGUGCAGACGAGCUCCAGAUCCGCACAUUCUUCAGCGAAGGCGAUUUGGUCGUCGCCGAGGUGCAGAGCGUACACUCUGACGGGGCAGCGUCGUUACAUACUCGGUCGCUGAAAUACGGAAAACUACGGAACGGCGUGUUUCUCGCCGUGGCCGGCACAGGGGGCAGCGGCGCCUCCAGCUCGACUGUCAAGGGGGGCGCAGGUUCGGCAUCUUCGGCCGGUGCGACGGGUGUCGUCCGAUCGCGCAGACAGGUGUUCACCCUCCCGACAGCCAACGGCGGCGGUGAUGUAGAUAUCAUUCUGGGAGUGAACGGGUACAUUUGGAUCCAUAAGCACGCAGACGGCUCCGCCGCUGCCUCGUCGACCACGGAGAGUGUCUCGAUCACCCGCAUGGAGGAGAUGGUUUCCAGUUCGAUCUACUCGAGUCAGAAUGACGAGAUUGGCCCCCAGACUCGUCGAGAAAUCGCACGGCUGGCGCAGUGUAUCCGGGUCCUCGUUCAGGGCGGGGUUCCCGUGGACGAGGAAACGGUCACAACAGCCUACGAAGCAAGUCUACAAAUAGACCUGGAGAUGACGGACGAGGAUGAGGACGUGGAUGAACGGAGGAGAGAAGGCCGGGAAUACCUCGAAGGAACCCAGGCGAAGAAAAUCCUCGAUUUGGUUCUGCAGCGGAGGUGAUGAUAUUCUAAAAGAAAUGAAUGGAAGAUACCCUUUUC